CAAAACUGUCAAAAGUGAAAAUAUCUGACAGCUGUCGCCGCCCAUUUGUUGAAAAAAAUUGCAGUCAACAAACGAAAGGGAGAAAUGCGAUCGAUUUUCAUGAUUGGCACACGCUCGAGGUCAGGGAACCUUGUCCCGCACCCUCACUUUUGAUUUCCCUGUCCCGGCGGCGAGGCGCGAGGUGGCAGUGACUCAUGGAAUCGUCAAAUUCGCGAGUGCGAUGAACUUGGUGUAAAACUCUUGGGUCUAACUCAGAAUUGGCAUUGCUAUUGGAGUUGUGUAGUUUUUGUGUUGGAGUGUGUCUGGUGCCGGUAAUGAGUGGUGCAGUGACACGCGCCGCGGCGGGCGGGCGCGCCGUGUGAUGCGGCUGCUGGCGGCUGCAGCAUGGCUCUGGGCGGCGCGCGGGCGGGCGGCGCCUCCGUGCUGGACCAGCUCCUCGAGGAGAUCAACUUCCAGCGCACCAAGGAGAUGCGCCAGCUCAUGAAGGAUGACUCUGGGUUCGUGGUGCUGCAAGGGACCACGUACUGGACGGACCUGUUCGUGCGACACUUCCUGUUCCAGGAGGAGCGGAGCAUCGACUGCGAUGAUCUGCUGUUCUUCGUGCGCAAGAGACACGUCAAGGGGUCCUCCAGAUACCUGCCCAAGUACGAGACGGACGUGGAGGUGUUCCGCAAGGACUCCAAGAAGCUGCCGAUCGGCGACCCCGAGGUGGACUGGGAGGAGACGGUGUACCUCAACCUGGUGGUGCACCAGUUCGACUACACGCUGACGCUGGCCGUGUGCACGCGCACCAGCCCCAAGGAGCUGCAGGUGCUGCGCCGGCACUCGCUGCAGGUGUACGCCUCCCCGAGCAGACGCAAGAUGGACACGAAGGGCGAUGGCGAGGAGAUGACCUACCCGCACAUCUGCUUCAUGGUGGACAACUUCGAUGAGGUGUUCUGCGACAUCGUGGUCCGCGACGGGGAGAUGGUGUGCGUGGAGCUGGUGGCGCGGGGCCGCGGGGGCGGGGCCGGGGGCGCGGGGGGCGGGGGCGCGCAGGCCGUCAUCUUCCUCGGCUCCAUCCGGUACGACGCGCUCACCAGGGUCUACGACUCCAGGCAAUCGUCCCUCUCCACGAAGGUGGCGCAGCGCAUGUCGUUCGGGCUGCUCGGCUCCAAGGCGGCGGCGCGCUGCGAGUUCGUACGGAUGAAGGGUCCCUGCGGCAAGGGCCACGCGGAGAUGGCGGUGUCGAAGCCGCAUGGCGCCGGCGUGGACACGCCCAGCUCCGAGCCCGGCCUGUGCGCCACCGACAUGUGGGACAGCGACUGGGAGGACGACCCCGAGGAGAUGUUCAUCUACCGGCAUCAGCGUCGCCUGAGCGACCCCAGCGCGAACCUGAACAACUUCGCCCGCGGCGGCCUCCGCGCCCGCGAGGCCACCAGCCGUUCCGAGGACGCCGGGCUCGACUCCCUGGUGUCCGGGAUAGCGGAGGUGGAGGCCGGCGACCUGAGAGACGAGCUGGACGACGGCGCGUACAACCCUCUCUGGGCGAUGCGCGGGUUCACGCAGACCUUCCACCUGUGGAAGGAGGGCCGGCGCGCGCAGUGCACGCCGCUGCACGCCUCGCUCACGUACGUGACGCUGCCCUGGUGGAGCAUCGCCAAAGAUAUCCUGGAUAUUCGUGAGGAGCCGAUCUUAACUUUCUAACCGACGACGCAGCUGAAACGAAUAACUAUAAGACGAGAAAUAUACUACAAACUGUAGUGUUACGACUCUCACUUACCUAUCGAUAAGGUUAGCUGAUUUUUACUACAUUCCUGAUAAUAUAUUUAUUAAUUAUAUAUCUUACAAUCUAUUGAUAUUAAUAUACAUGAGAUACUAAAUAUAUUGAAUUUAAACUAAAAAUAUCUUGUCGAUAAGUAAGAGAAACGGAUCACUACUUGCCUUAAAUUUAUGUGUGAUUGGUUGAUUAGACAUUUAAUUAUUUGAAUAUCUAGCUUUAUAUUUCUAUACCUACUGCAAAUCUGAUAUAAUUAAAUGGAUAUCUCUUCCGAAUCUUGGCUUUAUUCAAAAUGAGUAAAAUAUGUAUGCCAAAAUUGUAUCAGGUUUGUUUGUGUCGCUGUAUUACUAUAAUAUCUACCUUUGCGGCUUUGUCAAAAUUGCUAGUGCGAGUUAGUAUUUUUACUCUCAGUUACGUAAUCCAUAAUUCUUAUUUGUAUCUUAUUGGUUAAGUUCCUAUCAACAAGUGCAACAAUUUUAUUAGCAUGGACCACUCGUCUCGUGGCUCUCAGGUAGUGUAGCCUACAGUAUACUGACAUUCCUGGUCUAGUCAUAUCAUGUAAGGCCUAAUAUCCUAUUUACUAUUGCAUUCCUACUGCCUUCAAGUUCUUUUUAUAGAAUUAUAAUAAAAUAUUACAGUAAAAAAUAAGCUAUCAAUGCUAGAUUUUUUGGAUUAAGAGCUAACAUACUAAUUGGUAUAUUGAUCAACGAGUAUGCCUAUGUUUAGUGUUUUGUCGUGAUCAUAAUGUAAGGAAAUCAAAUUCAUACCUUCGAUAUGGUUGGCACCUUCAUAAUUUUAAUGGUACUUAUAUAUUUAUAGCAGCUAUUAAUCGGUAGAAUGUUCUUUUCAAUGAGUCAUAAAUUAUUUGCGAUUUCAAUGUUAUAUGUAAUUUCGUUGCGAAUUCUCAGAAGUGAAAUAUUGACUACACUUAUUACCAAGUUUUCCAAUAUAACUACAGCGAGAUGUAUCUCCAUUAUUUUUAUAAAAUAUUUUGUUAAUUGUUCAUACGUAGUUGGAAGAGUGAAUAUAGAAUAUACAUACUGAUAUAAACUAGGAUUGGUGAUAUUAAUCACAUUCUCUUCUCUUCAUUCAUCACGGUGAAAAAUAUUUACUUAACCUACAUGUAACAUGUAUGAUUGUACUGUAUCUAGUCAAAUCGCGAUACCAAAGUGUAUAAUAGUUUGAAUAAGUUUUGUAUUAUUUGACUGAAUAAUAAAUAACGAAUGCAAAUUUUAAA